AUGGGUCCACAAAGAUCAGCAGAUAUCAAUCACAUUUGCUGUAUAAUAUACGUACAUGGUGAAUGCCAUUCGACAAUCAUUCAAACUUGUAUGUACAUUUCUGUGCUUGAAAGGAAGUUAAAACCUUACAUCAUACAAAUAAGACCUAAUCAAGAGGAUCCCUUAAUUUAAUUUUCUCUAAAAUUCGUCAACAGUUAGCUCUCACAGCAUUCAGUAAGUUUUUUUUCCCCUCCAAUUUUAGAUAUAUCAAGGAAAUGAAAGGUCGAUGAACACAACGUCAUAAAACUACUAGUUGAUAAUGGUAAUACACUACAAAAGUCCAGACUAAAGAAAACACAGUAGUUUUUUCAACAUUGAACUACAUUGCUUUUAUAGUAUAAGUGAUAUAAAGACAGGAGAAGCCAAUAAUUUCAUGACGCAAUCCAAUGUUGAAUAUUUGAAAUCUUCUUGAAGUAUAGUAGCUAAUAAUACUCCAUAAAUUUGUAGAUAAUGUCUCUCUCUCGUUCAAGAAUAAAAAAUUAAGAAAAAAAUAUUACGGUUAGAAAUAUUUCUUGAUUUCUCAAGCAAUACGUUUAACUGUGGUCAAUGCUUAGUUUCCUUGUCUAUAUUGACUUCUCACGUCUCCUUGCUGUAUUUUAACCAGCAACAAAGUUUCAUCUUGGCGAUGCAUUCUCAGAAAUGA